AUGCGAAUAUGGAUGGAGAGCCAGGGGCAAAAUGCGGGGGAGUUUGAGGGGACCCCGGCUGACAUGUCUGGUCCCUCGGCGGCUGGAGUCGGUGUUCGUCUCCGUGGUCGGUCGCGGCCUGGCGUGUUUAAGCUCCAGUUGGCGUCGACUAGGGCCGGAGGAAACGGGGUGCCGGUAACGACGAUGCCCACCGGAGAGGGUAAUGUUUACUUGAAAAGAACCCUUCUAGAGGAUUUGAAAUCUGGGGACCGGCAUCUUUGCCGGUUCUCGAAGGAAAUGCCUCUCUUUUACGUAUCAUUAGCAUUUUUAAAUUCUCUCAAAUUUGUCUUCUCUGGCGGGCUCUGUCUCUCGAGACAGUUAGAGCAUGAGUGCGGCGUUGUACGAUUGGGGGUGGUAAUAAGCCGGCGGUGCAAAGCGGGUAAGGUAUCUUGAGGCAAAGAUACUUUUUUCGUACCGAGGAGCAUGCAGCGCCUCAAACUCUGCUGUUUUGAGACUGUCCUUGUGACCUGAGUGGCCAUUGUACGCUAUAGUAAUGUCUUUUUCUUCUUCUUCGCGUAGGUGUCGUUCUUGGGGCUUCUAGCUUGGGG